UUCCACGAGCGCGCGCGAGGGGGGGGGGGCUGCGCAUGCUGCAGGACGCGCGCACGGCCCGCGCGAUCGAUAUCGAGCAUCGGCGGCCCGCGGACACGGACUCGGACGCGCCAGAGGGAGAGAAGGUGUCGCAGACGGAGACGCGGCUCGCCCGUUCGUACCGUAGGCGUAGCGUAGCGUAGCGUUCGCGAUUCCGACGGGGGCGCGCAUAGCUUAUGAUAUGAUGGCAUUGAUGUCCCGUUCGGGACACCGGCUGGACCGCAGCGCGUGCAGUUAAUGUUCCACAGAGUGUGACACGGAGAGAGAGAGAGAGAGAGAGAGAGAGAGAGAGAGAGAAAACAGGCUAUUGUGGUUAAAGAUGCACACAGUAGGAGUGGUCUUCAUCCUACUCGUCUUCUCCCUGUGGAUAGCUGAGGGAUCCGCCAAGGAGAAAACAGCCCGGAAGGGGAAGAAGGGGAAACAGGUUUUCUGUCCCUCUCAGUUAUCAGCGGAGGAUCUGGCCAGGGUUCCUGCAAAUUCCACAAGCAAUAUCUUGAACAGGCUCCUGGUCCCUUAUGAUCCCCGAAUUCGACCCAAUUUUCAAGGUAUUCCAGUUGAAGAUAAAGUGAACAUCUUCAUAAACAGCUUUGGCUCUAUUCAGGAAACAACAAUGGAUUACAGGGUGAAUAUCUUCCUGAGGCAGCGAUGGAAUGACCCCAGACUGCGACUCCCCACAGAGUUCAAGUCAGAAUCCCUCACUGUGGACCCGAAGAUGUUCAAAUGCCUGUGGAAGCCCGACCUGUUCUUCGCAAAUGAAAAAAACGCCAACUUUCACGAUGUCACGCAGGAAAACAUCCUGCUAUUCAUCUUUCGCAAUGGCGAUGUGCUCAUCAGUAUGAGGCUGUCUGUCACACUGACCUGUCCACUGGACCUGACUCUGUUUCCUAUGGACACCCAGAAAUGCAAGAUGCAGCUGGAAAGCUUUGGAUACACGACAGAUGACCUGAAGUUCAGCUGGCAGUCGGGAGACCCUGUACAGAUGGAUGAGAUCGCUCUGCCCCAGUUUGACGUGAAACAGGAGGACAUUGAAUAUGGAAACUGUACUAAGUAUUAUAAAGGAACUGGCUACUACACCUGUGUGGAGGUGAUCUUCACACUACGGCGUCAGGUAGGCUUUUACAUGAUGGGAGUGUACGCUCCCACGCUGCUCAUCGUGGUGCUCUCCUGGCUCUCCUUCUGGAUCAACCCCGAUGCCAGCGCUGCCCGGGUGCCCCUAGGUAUCCUGUCAGUUCUCUCUUUGUCAUCCGAGUGCACCUCCCUUGCCUCGGAGCUCCCCAAGGUGUCGUACGUCAAAGCCAUCGACAUCUGGAUGAUCGCCUGCCUGCUGUUUGGCUUCGCCUCCUUGGUGGAGUAUGCCGUGGUUCAGGUGAUGCUCAACAACCCCAAGAUGAUCGAGGCGGAGAAGGCCAAGAUCGCCAGCAAGGACAAGGCUGAGGGGAAGACCCCCGCCAAGAACAACACGGUGAACGGGACUGGAGGAACGCCCAUCCACAUGGGGGCGCUGCAGGUGGUAGAAACCAGGUGCAAAAAGGUGUGCACUUCCAAGUCGGACCUGAGGUCCAGUGACUUCAGCAUCGUCGGCUCACUCCCCCGAGAUUUUGAGCUGUCCAAUUUUGACUGCUACGGGAAGCCUAUAGAAGUGAGCAAUGCCCUGGGCAAAUCCCAGGCAAAGAACAACAAGAAACCUCCGCCUCCGAAACCGGUCAUCCCUUCGGCAGCCAAAAGGAUCGACCUUUACUCAAGGGCUCUGUUUCCCUUCUCCUUCCUCUUCUUUAAUGUCAUCUACUGGUCUGUUUACUUGUGAUCUUAGCAGCAAUACUCCUAAUUCCUGAUUCCUUACUCCCAGUUACUGAACUUUCAAACACAUCUGUCCUUGGCAACAAAAGCGUCAUGCUAUAAAGGCAUCCAAGGAGAGGAGAACGUGAGCAGUCAUAAUUUGAACUUCCUCUUCUCUUUGCAUUUAAUAGGCAGCAUGAUUGUGCAGUAUGUGUGCUUCAGAGCCAGUAUGUUGUAAAUAUUAUCGCCGCUCAGCCCCAUUCUCUGCUUUGAAAGCACAGUACAAAGAAAUGCUUAUUAUCGGAGGUACAUAAGAAAGAAGAUCAUCUCUUAAAUUGACAGCAUUAAAUUAGACUCAAAGAUAUAGUAUUUUCUAGCAUAUAGAUGCACGUUUAAAAUGCAGUAAUAAAUAUGCAUAUAUAAAUGUAUACAUUUAUAAACACUAUUAAGGGUAUAGAUUUUCUUUUUUGGAAGAUAAAUCGCAAUUUCUCCGAUGCUUAAUAACACAGCUUCUCAUUAACUGAAAAUUGUAUUUUAACCCAGCU